UUGCGCGGCGGGCGGCGCACGAGUACAACAUUCCCACGCGCGCGCUCUAGCAUGAACGACUCGCAUUUCGUUACGCGCCGCGCCUCGCCGCGCUCGCCUCGAUAACAUCUGCAAAUCCGAUAUUUAGGCCGAUAGCGCGAUAUCUCGCCUGUCCGCGAACCUCCCGACCAUGUGAUCGCUCCGAUGGGAGCGCAAAUCGAACAAAAAAGCAGCCCGCUAAUGCCUACCCCUGUCGGGAACAAAAAAGGGAUAAAAAGGCUAUUCCUGGAAUGCGCACAUGUGGACGCCGGAUAACUGUGGGUGCAGCAUCUGAGGCAGUUCACGAUGCCGCGGAGGAGCAAGUGGAUGCACCUGGCGGCGGGCGUCGUCGUCGGUGUCACCUUCGGCAUCUUCCUCAAGCUCUGCUUAAGGACGUCAUCGAGGACCACCAUAGAAGCGUGUCCCGAUGCGGCCGGACUGUACGUCGCUCCUGACCCUCUUGCACUAAUCGGGAUGAGUCCGGACGAAACAGUGUCUAAUUCAAACAGAACAUUACUAUUUGUGGGUGUUAUGACUGCAGAACAAUAUUUACAGACUAGAGCGAAGGCUGUGUUUGAAACGUGGGGGCAGGACCUGCCGGGUCGGAUAGCGUUUUUCAGUUCGGAAGUGUCGCGAGCACCGGGCUUGCCCCUGGUCCCAUUGAAGAAUGUGGACGACAGUUAUCCUCCUCAGAAGAAGUCGUUCCUAAUGCUGUUGUAUAUGUACGAAAACUACGGAGAUAAGUUUGAGUGGUUCAUGCGUGCUGACGAUGACGUUUACGUGCGCGGUGACAAGUUGGGGGAGUUCCUUAGGUCAGUGGAUAGUAGGAAGCCUCAGUUUAUUGGUCAAGCGGGGAGGGGUACGAGUGACGAAAGGGAUGCUUUGGCGUUGGACUAUAAUGAGAACUUUUGUAUGGGUGGUCCGGGAGUGCUGCUGUCCCGGGAGACGUUGAGGCGGGUGGCUCCUCACGUGAAGUACUGUUUGAAGCACCUGUACACAACCCAUGAAGACGUGGAACUAGGCCGCUGCGUCGCCAAGUUUGCUGGCGUCUCCUGCACGUGGAGCUAUGACAUGCAGACUAUCCUCCACCACAACGGCAGCGGCGCCCUGGCCUACACUGGCCGCCUCAAAAAGAGAGAAGUGCAUCGCGCCAUAACUCUUCACCCCGUGAAAGACCACCGCCAGAUGUACCGGAUGCAUACUUACUUCAAGAACCUUCGCAUCCAAGAGCUGAAGGAAGAAGCAUUAGACCUGCACAGAGACAUAGCAUCAUCAAUGAAGUACUUGGGGGUGGCUGCGGAGCAAGUGGGAGACUACAUGUUGCCUGGAGACGUCCCGCUCUUCCCUGCUAAGCUGGGCGAUCCGGACUAUCUUGGGGAUAAUGAGAUUUUAGGAGCCCCAAUCGACAUGAGCCGCUACAAACCAAGCUCCCUCGAAGACAUCGUCCCGUUCGACUUCAUCUCCAAGUCCAUAUACUCCAUCACCCACAGCAACCCCAAGAGACGGAUCGAGUUGCCGCUGAGAGAAGCUCUGGAUGAUGUUAUUCGAGAGGUCAUGGAGAUUAUCAACGCGCCGUCCCGGCAGCGCGGGCGCGUCAUAGACUUCAACGAACUUCUCUACGGCUACACCCGGCUGGAGCCUCUACACGGGGCCGAUCACGUGCUGGACCUGCUGCUCAAGUACCGCCGGUACCGCGGCAGGAAGAUGACCGCCGCAGUCAGGAGGCACGCCUACUUGCAGCAGUCUUUCACAGGUAUUGAAAUACGAGAAUUACCGAUGGGUGAACCACCGGUCGAUGAACCAGAAGUUAUAGCCCAAUUCGAUAAUUCCAAGGGCGAAUACGAAGACUUCGACGAGUCCAACCAACAGCAAAACAGUUUCCUGGACUUUAGCAAACUCAACGUUCGAGGCGCACUAGAGAGUGGGUUGAUGAAACUACAAAACCUGCCAAAAGUCCUCACUUGGGGCGAUGGAGCAGAAGAAGAAUAUCCCAUAUAUGACAGACGGAUACACUUCAUCCUCCCUCUAGCAGGCAGGCAAGAAGUCUUUGGUAGGUUUAUGAAGAACUAUGAAGAAAUUGUGUUAAAAAGCAACGAGGCUGUGACUUUGAUAGUCGUUUUACACUUAGACAGUAAAAGCCCCUUGGAUUACAAAAAUGCUCAGUCACUAGUUGAUUAUUACAAUGAUAUGUACGGCAAAGAAAUAAAAGUUGUACAAAUGGGUUCAACCGUAUUCUCCAGAGGUGCAGCGCUCACUGAAGGACUAAAACUGUGUUCAAGUGACGAUCUAGUUUUCUUUAUAGACGUUGAUAUGAUGUUCAAUUUCGAUACUCUUAGGAGGAUAAGGAUAAACACGAUAAAGUAUAAUCAAGUCUAUUUCCCAAUAGUGUUUAGUGAGUACAACCCCGAUGUUGUGAAUGGUGAGGACUAUAACAAAUUUAAAGAUGAAACUCUCGUUAUAAACACGGAUCUAGGUAAAUUCGUGGACAGUGGAGAACACGGCGCGAAAACAGACAGAGAAAUAGCGAAUUUGAAAUACAGUAAGGAAAUUAAUGAUGAUUUUGGUUACUUUAGGCAAUAUGGUUUUGGUAUUCUUAGCAUUUUCAAAUGUGAUUUCGAAAGAGUUGGUGGCUUCGAUUUAAAUAUUAAAGGAUGGGGCAUGGAAGAUGUCCAGUUGUUCGAGACUUUGAUAAAGUCCAACUUGACUGUUUAUAGGAUACCUGAUAAGAGCUUGGUGCACAUAUUCCAUUCUGUUGAUUGUGAUAAGAAUCUGGAGAAAAGUCAGUUUCAGAUGUGUCUUGGUACGAAGGCAUCCACGUAUGGAAGUGAGAAACAUAUGAUUUACUACAUGUUAAACCACCCUGAAGUGUUGUGGCCCCCGGAAGAGAAAGGUGCUAGCUAGUACAGGGUUUAGGGCAUCUAGGUUUUGAUGAUAUUUUAAUAAUGCCAAUUGAUGACAGAACAUAUCAUGUUGUAAAAGUUACUAGUACUGAUGGCUCGAACUAUUUUUAAGAUGCUUUUACAUAUUUUUUGUACAAAUCGCGUUAAGUUUUAUUUUAUUUUAUGACCAGGAUGUUCUAUCGAAAUAAUGCAUUUUACGUUUUAUAAUUCCUGAAAUGCAUAAUUUUAAUUAAUUUUUGGUGUUGUUGGGUGCUUCUAGUGUUACUUUCAGGCGUUUUAUUUAUAUUGUUUGUCCUAUAGGGCUAACAUGCGCUAGGUGAUAAAAUGUUGUCACGGUCAUUUUAUCGAUUGGUGCAUUAGCACCAACGCGGCGGGAUAUGUGAACGCGGAGGACCGUGUUUCUCUAUGUGUGAACCCAAUUAAGUCAUCGUUCUGUCAAAAUACGAACAAAAUCACGUGGCGCGCAUGUUAGGGGAACAAACUUAUCGAUUUCGACAAAAUUUAUUGAAUCGAUUGAUAAUUUUAUCACGUUGCGCAUGAAAGCCCUGCUUGUCGUGAAUGUAUCGAUAUUUUAAUGGUCUUGUAAUGUAAAUACAAUAGGUAAAAUUGUUCCUACGAUUCAACAAUUCCACAUAUUCUAUGUAAAUAUAUUUUUGGAUUUUUAUCUUCGAGAAAAUUUCGUUUUGGAAUUUUUAUGUAAUUAUUUAUAAGAAUAUCUAGAGAAGCAUUUAAAUUUUAAUUCCAUCCUUAAUAGAAAUUAGUAACUUUUUAUAUAUUACUUUAUAUAUAUUGUGUUUUCUGUAGUAAAUACUCGUAUUACUUUGGUUGUGAAUCGAAUCAUGUUCUCAAACAGAAGUGCACAAUUUGUAGGCAAUUUCACUUAAGGCCGAUUUUACUUAUUCUACUAGUUUUAUCUUCUAUCCAUGACGGUAGACACAUUUGUUAUAUGAGAUAUAAGUAUGUAUUGUAAAUCUUUCUUUGUUAUAGAGCCUAUAAUAGUCAUGGCGAAACAAGGAACAUAGUACUCUCGAACCGAGGGCGAACGAACCAUUCUUACUCUUGUCAAAUUUAAUUUAGUGCAUAGAAUGGAUUUUAUUAAAAUUAAUUACCUUCAAUAAUUAAAGGAGAAGAAAGAAAUCGAUGAAGUCUAUACAUAUAUUUUAUUUAUAAUUAUUUUUUAUUUUUUUUCGGUAAAAGUCGAGGUUCUUUUAAUGAAAUAAUGUAAUGAAUACAGGUGUGACACCAUUUCAGAAGUUAUUGUUAUGUUCUGUCUUGCACUGGUACCUAUAACAUUAGUUGAACAAUGAAUGUUUGAAUUAAAUAAAUUUUUUUUUGAAAAUGUUUUCACAUAAUUAAUUUUCUGCUAUGUUCAAUGUGGAUACAAGUGUUUUGUCAUAAUAAGUAUUAUUGUAAGUAUUUCUUGUAAAUAUGGUGUAAAAUACUAGUGCUCACAAAGUGCCAAGUUAGUGGUAAGUAGCGAAUGCCCGCGAUGAAAUAUUUUUUGUAUCGUCCGUAUGUUUAUAAAGGAAUUGUGAUUUGAAAGUGAUUACGAGGAAAAUAGUACGAAAUUAAAUAUUAUUAUUUUUUUGUCAAA